AUGGCUACAGCAUCAGAAUCUACACCUCUCCUCAGCGAGCCUGCUCAAGCUGUCGAGGCUACAGAUUCCGCCGUUGAUAGCGCUCCGCAAACAGAAGAUGAAGCUACUCUUCCCUCAUCCGCUCAUUUUCAACGCCCUAGAAAGCUCCUCACAAUUCUUGCUCUCAUCUGUUCCAUAAUCACUGGCUCUCUACUUAUCGCUAUACAUGUCAUGCUCACCAUGCAUGUUUUCAGUUUCAAUUUCUGGGAUCAAAUGGAAGCUAUUAACAAUAUGGGGUUUUUGAUCUUUCUCUCCUUGCUCUUCGCACCCAUAAACCUCAUUUGGAAUUUUCCGGUAGUCUUCAACAUUCUCUUGGAUCCCUACCUUGCCGUGUCCAUAAUCACCUGGGCCAGCAAUAUGAUCAGUGCCUGGCCGGGGGAUAUUUGGUGCGUGGAGCGGGAUUAUUAUGGGAAGAAGCCGGAUCUUGACAAGGGGCCCGUUUGUCACUCUAUGUUGCUUGCUGUGCGGAUUGUGAUAGGCAUUGCAGCCGGAUUUGCGAUGAUUGUUGCAGUAUGCCACACGGUGUUGUUCCUUCUGAGAAUUGUAGCAUUAUGGAAGACCAAGUUUUGGAAGAGACCGAUGCCUUUCCCGACAGGAUCGAUCACACUUGAGGUCUCGAUCAAGGUUCAGAGGCAGGAAAGAGGAGAAGUGCAACCAGUAGUGGCAAGCUAG